AAUACUCCGAGUAUGUUACAGUUUAUGGACAAUAAAGAUGAUUUAUACCCAGAGUAUAUUGUAAAAGAGAGAGUUAAAUGGGGAAUAUUUUAUAAUUUUGACCAGAAUUAUACUUCGUCUG